UUUAUAAAGUUACAUGCCAAGAAGGAAUACGAAUUGAACACGUAAACAGAUGAAGGCGGGUUGGGAUGUGCAAAGUAGCCUUUCACAAGAAAACACUUUCCCACUUCCUUGCCCUCAUAGUCCAGUGGGUAAAUCUCCUCCCAUCUGUUACGAGCUGUCAAAGCGUUCAGGCUGUUUCUUGUUUGCCAGACGCGCGGCCAGUUCUGUUCAUGGAGUAUUACAAAAAUAGAAGUUGAAAUUUAUGGAAACGGUGGGUGAUUAUCGCGAAGAGCUCGUGGUUCGGGAGAGAAGUGGUCACACUGCGGUGUCUGAGGGCAAUUUUCUCUACGUUUGGGGUGGCUACGUGUCAAUUGCUGAACAUGAGAUCUUCCUCCCGAAUGAUGAGAUUUGGCUGUAUGAUUUGGACAGUGGUGUUUGGGAAAUUGCCUCCAUGACUGGGGAGAUUCCUGUGUCCAUGUCCGGCUCAUGUGGCUGCUCACUCAGUGGGGAAAUGUUCAUAUUCGGGGGUUGCAGUGAUGAUGGCCAAACUAAUGAGCUUUUCUCUGUAAACCUCUUGGAUAGAAAGUACGUUUGGAAGAAGAGGAAACAUGAAGAAGGGACUGUUCCCUCUCCCAGAGAUAAACUGUCCUGCUGGGUUUAUCAAGACAGGAUUAUCUACUUUGGUGGUUAUGGUCACAAGCUUCUUGAUGAGCUUGACAGAUCUAAAAAUUUUAUCAUAGAUGAGGUGUCCUGGAUGGAGGAUGUAUUCUGGGGAUGGAAUAACGAAAUCCACAUGUUUGAUCCUCGGACAAACUGCUGGAGCCAACCACGCACUUGCGGCCGCCCUCCUGCCCCAAGAGCUGCCCACGCCAGUGCCACCCUGGGGUGCAAAGGGUACAUUUGUGGAGGCAGAGUCAUGGAGACAAGAACCAGUGAUAUCCACUGUCUGGACCUCCAGACGCUCACAUGGACUGAAAUCACAACUACCUCCGGCCUUCCCGUGGGUCGCUCGUGGCAUACCCUCACAGCUGUGUCAGACAAAGAGCUUUUCUUGUUUGGCGGUCUGAGUGUUGACUGCAAACCUAUGAGCGACGGCUGGGUGUUUGACGUUGAGACAAGGAAAUGGAAGGAGCUGGAUCACCCGUACAAGGACAAGCCGAGGUUGUGGCACACCGCGUGCCCAGGCAGGGACUCUGAUGUAAUUGUAUUUGGUGGAAGUCGGGACUACAUCCUUCUUGUUGACACUGGGCACUGCAAUGAUGCGCUCAUCUUCCAAACCCAGCCAUAUCCACUUCUCAGACUGUGUGAAGACUUCAUUGCCAGAAACUCUACAGUAUUUCAGGAAGAACUUCCAUGUUUACCGACCAAGCUGAGAGAAGCUGUGGAAAAAAGGACUGCUUUUUUCAGAACUGCAAAUGUAACACAGAUCAGAAUUGACCCAUAGGCCUGUUAUAGGCUACAUGUCUUUAGCCCAGAAGGGCUUCCGUCCACUCCAACUACUUGUGUGAGCAUGGCACACAAUUCAGAGGAGAAAAAAAAAUGUUGCGCAGCACUGAAGGCUACUACUCCUGUCAAAUCUGGAGACUUGGGGGCAUAUUUAAAAUUGUAUGCAAUGAGUUUUGUAUUAUUUCAAAACGUUAUGACAAUGUUAGUGAACAGUUUAUUUUGUACUGUACUUUUGGCUGAAUUAUGUGAUUACAAACAAUGAACUUGAAAAAGGGUUCUCUCAUUAUUGUUGUUCUUUGUUAUUAAGUUACUAACUAAUUAUAUAAGAGACAUAGCUUUAUUAUUCGAAAAUUAUAUUCCCUGGCUAUCUUACUCUGGUGCAAAACAUGUCACCUUUUGCAAUUUGGGUCAUGUGUGGAUAGCCUACGAGCAGUGGUUCUCAAAGCGCAGAGUUUUC